UAUUUCUCCUACACUCUUAAUCGUCCAAUUACACACUCCCCAUCCUCUUAGGUGCUGUAAACUCUGCAGAGAGGUAAAAAAAAAAUGUUAUGGAUGAGUUGCGCACUUGAUUCCCUUUUUGUGUUUAAUCCUUUUUCAAUAUAAACUGUUUGUGUAAGCUUUGCUUGGAUGGUGGGGUUUUGUUGCUUUCUUGUAUUCCUUUCUUGAUUCGGUGUUCUUUUCCAUUUCUUUAUCAGAUUCCUCCACUCUUGUUAUUCUUUUCCCUUGAUUUUUUUUUUUUUUUUUGGAAAUUUUAGAAUUUUGUUCCAAACACCCACAUGCGUGUUCUUGGGUUUGUCUGAUCUGGAUUGGAUCACAAGGAUCUUUUGUUCUUUAUCAACUUGUACAGAGAGAGAGAGAGAGGGACAAGUGGUGGGGUUGAGUGCCUGAGGCUCUUUUGGUGUGCAAUCUUGGUCUUUUGGAGGGUUACACAGAAGAAGCAAAAGAAGAAUAAGAAGGAGAAGGAGAAGGUGAAGGUGAGAUUUCUUGGCCUCUUGGAUCCUUGCUUUGGGCCCACCCCGGAUCCUUUUCUUCUGUCUCUGAUUGGUGUCAAAACUGUGUCUUAGAUGCUGUUCUCUUGUGCCAUUUGGGUAUAAUUUUGAAUUGGGUCUAAUACAUUUCUGGGAAAGACUGCAAGGAAUUUCUCAUUUUGGUGACUAAUUUUUGAACUGGGUCUGUUUCAUUUGUUUGAAUUCGCAAAUUGUUGCUCGAGUUUGGUUAUAGAACUUCAUUUGGGACAGUGGUCAUUCAUUGCAUCCAAUUGAUUCUAGUGUUGGAUGAUUGAAUUGAAAAUUUGAUUUUGUAUAUUAGUCUGGGUUGGUAGUCUAUACUCCUGAGGCAUGGCGGGUAUUGACGUUUCGAAAUAUGCUCAUAGCCCUGUGCACAAGGCAAUUGCCACGAAGGAUUAUGCCAGUCUCAGGAGGAUACUUGCUGGUCUCCCGCGGCUUUGUAACCCAGCUGAAGUUCGUACUGAGGCGACUUCGUUGGCCGAGGAAGAGAAAGCUGAAGCCAUUGCUGCUGUGAUUGAUCGGAGGGAUGUUCCAAACCGUGACACCCCUCUUCACUUGGCUGUAAAGCUUGGUGAUGAGAUAGCUACCGAAAUGCUUAUGGUUGCUGGGGCCGAUUGGAGCUUGCAGAAUGAGCAGGGGUGGAGUGCCCUUCAGGAAGCGAUAUGCCAUAGAGAAGAAGGGAUUGCUAUGAUUAUAGUUAGGCAUUACCAGCCAUUGGCCUGGGCAAAAUGGUGUAGAAGGUUGCCUCGCUUGAUAGCGUCUAUGCGAAGGAUGCGGGACUUCUAUAUGGAAAUUACAUUCCACUUUGAGAGUUCUGUGAUUCCAUUCAUUUCAAGAAUUGCCCCUUCGGAUACAUACAAAAUUUGGAAGAGGGGUGCGAAUUUGAGGGCAGACAUGACUUUGGCUGGGUUCGAUGGUUUUAGGAUUCAGCGGUCCGAUCAGAGUAUUCUUUUCCUUGGCGAUGGGUCUGAGGAUGGGAAGGUCUCUCCAGGGUCGCUUUGCAUGAUUUCACACAAGGAUAAGGAGGUGAUGAAUGCUUUGGAUGGUGCUGGUUCUCCAGCAACUGAAGAAGAGGUUCGGCAAGAAGUGACUGCAAUGUCUCAGACUAAUAUAUUCAGGCCUGGGAUUGAUGUGACUCAGGCAGUUCUUUUGCCACAGUUGACAUGGAGGCGACAGGAAAAAACGGAAAUGGUGGGCCUGUGGAAGGCUAAGGUAUAUGAUAUGCACUAUGUGGUUGUGAGCAUCAAAUCUAGGAGAGUCCCAGGGGCUAUGACAGAUGAGGAGUUCUUCUUAUCCUGCAAUGACAAUGAAACAGAUAGUGAAGAGUUCGGUGACAUUUUGACGGAGGAUGAAAGGAGGCAACUUGAAGCUGCUCUUAAGUUGGAUACAUCAGAAUCAACCAAUGAGAACAGUGAUGGGAUUAUUGGGCAUCGCCAUAGUUGUUACGAGCACAGGGAGAUUCCUAUUGAAGACGUGAAUGGUUGCAGAAAUGGAGAGGCUAAGCAGGAAAAGAAAGGAUGGUUUGCUGGAUGGAGGAAACGGGAUUCAAAAAAUGAAGCACCGAAGAAGAUUGCCCCACCAAGAAGUUCCCUCUGUGUAGAUGACAAGGUGAGUGAUCUUCUAGGAGAAUCUCCAUCCAGAAAUCAGGCCAAACCGGGAAGACACUCUGUCGAGAUUGUAAUGAGGGGGGAUGAGCACCGGAGAGGAAGGGAUACCAGAGCAUCUUCUUCUACAAGUUCUGAGAGCAGAAAUCGUCACAAGGAAGGAAGCCGGGAGAAUGAGUAUAAGAGAGGAUUGAGGCCUAUUCUCUGGCUUUCGCCAAACUUUCCACUACAAACUGAAGAAUUGCUGCCAUUGCUUGACAUUCUUGCUAACAAGGUUAAGGCAAUUCGUCGUUUGAGGGAACUGCUUACUACAAAACUUCCAAUGGGAACCUUUCCUGUCAAGGUUGCUAUCCCGGUGGUUCCCACUAUCAGAGUUCUGGUUACUUUUACAAAGUUCGAAGAACUACAGCCGUUGGAUGAGUUCACAACGCCCCCUUCAAGCCCUUCUGCUGCAGGGCGAGAGAGCCCAGCAGUGACACAUUCCUCGAGUUCAUCCUGGUUUCAGUGGAUAAAAGCCCCUUAUCAUCGCCCCAGCUCAUCCACCGCCGGUUCUAGCAGUAGGAUAGAAACUAUUCAAGACCCAUUUGCUAUUCCCCCAGAUUACAGUUGGAUUACUGCUGAAGCUAAGAAAAAGAAGAUGCGGGAGAAGAACAAAUCAAAGAAAGGGAAAAGUCAUAACCAAUGAAGUCAGCGUUGAGAGUAUGAUCCUGAUGUAAAAGAUACUUUAGCUCACUAAAAGAACUCAGCAGAUACAAAUAGGAAUAGUGUUUCAUUAAUCCAUAAAUUCAUGAUACAGUAAGGGGAAAAAAAAAAGUAGGAUUAUGCUUCUAUAUGGAAGUGAUGAUCCUUUGUCAAUGGAAAAUUUAGUAAAUCAUUGUGGGGGUGGGAAAAAAGAAACGAUAUUGUGAUUCUUGCAGCCAUUGCUUGUCUUUGGUGGAUUUUUUCACCAUUUAGAUUACUUGAUUCACUUUCAUUUCAUACUGACUUUUUUGAUCUCAUAAUGAUUAUCAGUAGUAUGGGGUUUCAUUUA